AUGCAGAAACUUCACGACCAUGUAACAGUCUUCGUGACACAGCGUGAGCUUCAGGCGCGAGCUCCGAAGCCGGACGGGACCACCGCUUCUACCACCGCACUUCAGUACGUUGCGGAGAAUUCUGGUUUCGAUGUUGUCACGUUUCAAGUUGACUUCAGCGAGUCGGCAAACAUUCAGCUUCACCGUCCUGCCGAACCAGGUUCCACUACUCAGCAGAAGGCAACACAACAAUUGGCAUUCAACUGCGAGCUCCGCCCCUUUGAGCGACGAGUGCUCGCGUACGUGAUUAAGAAAGGAAAACAGCGAGCACUUGUGCGUGUCCAUUACGCGGUGACUGCAGUGGUCACGCCCUCUGUGGACGCAAUUCUUGAAGCCCAAGAGAGAGCAGCAAGAAUGAUUCUGAAGCAACAGCAGCAUAGUAACCACAUAUUCAGCCACGUCGGUAAGUGGCAAACUCUGCCGUAUCGGCCUGCAGCUGAAGUUAUCCGAGCCUGCGAUGAAAUCAACCGAUACUUUCGAGAAUUUGGAGACGUAUUUGUCGAUAUGAGUUUUCCUCCACAAGCAAAAUCUCUCUAUGACACUGAUGCUCCAAACAAAGUAUCGGAAGCCGAUUCUGCAAUCUACUCGCUCUGCACUUGGGACCUCAUUCACAACAUCAUCGACUCAUCAUGGACUUUUGUUGCUCACGACUCUGCCUCGACUGUUGCAUUUACUUCGGGUCUCCCCGCCCAAGACUCGUUCCUUUGUGCGCUGACGAUCAUUGCUCCGCAUUAUGAACUAUGGCUUCAUCAAUGGUUUCCUACGUUAGAUACUUCUGGUCAAUUUGACAAAGUGGCUGCCGUCCCGGUGGCACUCUGCGACCGAGGUCUAACAUGGCAGCAUCUAGCUGUUGAUCUCUUCUUUCCUUCCUUCCCACUUGGACGAGGUCUCAUGACACCACGUAACAUUUUCGGAGAUUGGUAUCCAGCUCUCCUCCACAAAGCUUACGCAAAAUUGAAAGGAAGUUAUGCAGCAGUCUCCAACAUUCCGACGAUGAAGAUUCUUCGAGAGUUGACUGGAUCUCCUUGGGUUUAUUGCUAUCGUCGACAAGAUUAUGAGAAUGAUACAGAUCCAUCCACCGGGAAAAUGCGGCUUCAAGAGGUUAUACAAGCCACGCAAUCCUAUCGGCCAAAAUCCGAUGAAGUGUCUUUGCUGGUUGCUGUAACAUGCGGAAAGCUUGACAAUCAUCAUCGAGCAUUUCGGCUCACGAUUUCAAGCGACGAAGACUCAUCUACAACUUCAGUAGUUCUGCACGACGCUACCGGAAAAUAUCUGCGGCAAAAAAUUGCAGACAGUAUUGCAGAGUUUGACCGUGACCAAGAUCCCUCAGCACUUCGUGUAUCCUGGGAGCAGCUUUUCGAGUUGGAACCUGCUGUGUGGUCCCUCCCUCUGGGUCGACGAUGCGAACAACGAUUAAGACGGAUACUUCUUCACGAAGAGGAUAUCGGAACGAUGACAGCAGUCAUCAGUGUACCAACUCUAACGACGAUCACCUUCUCGUCCUUGUAUUUGCUUCAUUUCACUACCGAGUUCUGCGAUCAACAGGUGGACGUGGAUGUGAAUGUGGUAACAGUGGAGAGUGAUUUUUCGCUCGCGUUGAUGGAAAAUAAUAACAAGUUUCAAGAUUUAUCAGAGAGUGAUGACGGAGUCUCCAGUAAGCAGGUGGUGAGAACUCUUAGUGCUGGUGAAUACGUCGUGACAGUAUCAGCAAAGCUCCCUGAAUCACGUUCUAAAGCAGAAAAUGCUGCACUGACUCCAGCCUCGGUUGAUGCCAACCUGCAACUAGUUUUUGACUGUCUCGACAGAGAAGGAAAACAUGAAUUGUCCGAAGGCGACAUCACGAGUUUCCUGCAGCUAUACGAGAACGUGGCAUCAUCACAACAUGGACAAGAGGCGCUUCGUUCAUUUCUACAUCAACAUGGAAGUUCAAAUUCAUUGGAGAGGAGUCUAACACUGGACGAUAUUCGAGAACUGUAUCUCAACCAAGCAAUCCAAGACUGCCACGAAGACGUUGUCAGUAGCUCUGUAUCAAGUCGAGCGAUAUCUAGUGUCAAUGUUCGUGCUCGGUUCCAAGAACUCGUUUGGCAGGAUCUUCUUCGACUGCUACCGAGUUUGGACGUCGCUGAGAAGCCUCGUACAGAGAUCAAAUGCCAAGAUAUUGUCGAAUUGGUGUGCUGUUUCCACUCAGACACACCGCUGCUCGACGUGGUGCUUCUGUCUGAGGACAAGAGCUCGUUCAGUUCCAACAACUUCAACAUAUAGAUGGAUCCAUUUUUUUCUGGGGUCAUUGAUCUUCACUUCGAUCUCACUUUGUCUUCUACUGUUAGAGCGGGACAGGUAGACAGGUAGGCUGCUCCAAUCGAAGCCUCGCUUUAUUGCGUCGGUCUUCUCGACCUCCUGCCGCCUCGCUGAUUGUGUUGAGUGUGCAGCCAUCCGAAGAGAGGGCCAACUUCACGUGAGCUGCAUCUUCUUUUGGAAUUCCUGCGUCAGUUCGUCCAGCGUCAAGUCGGGGUUGGCCUGGAAGAAGUCCAGGAAGGCCUGUGCGCCCGCAGCCCGCUGGGCGUUGGUGGCUCCCUUCUCCUCGGCCUCGUACACGAGGUUCUCAGCUUCAUACUGCAGCUCCUUCUUGUCGUAAUACUCGGGGUCGGCCACGCGCUUCAUGAGGUUGAGGAACUGCUCAUACUCGCAACAGGCCAGCAGGAUCUGCACGAAGAAACUGAGCCGCGUGUGUCGUUGUCGCUCCUCGGACAGCGCAAUCUCCUCUUCGCAGCGGGUGUUAUACUGGUCCAUAGUAAAUCCCCUUUCCACGAGGAACGCCUCGAUGUGGGCGUUGGCCGUGUCGAUGAAUGCCUCGUGCAGCUCCUUCCAUGUCCUGCAACAGUGUUAUCACAUCGGCAGCGGAAGGUCCUCCCUUGGUCAGAAGAAUGGAGAAGUGACUCGCGUGGGCGCCGCAGAAAUUGUCAAUUGCCUCCUGGAAGCCCUCGCUGCCCACAUAGGCGGCCACCCACUCGAGAACAUCGUCAUCUGGCUCCAUGUCCUUGACGAGAGGCGUCUCGUAGCGUAGCAGCAGGUCGAUGGCGUCGAAGUUAGCCAUGGCGGGGGGCUCUAGGGCGGCAGGAGGAUCACGCCGUGCGAGUCGGAUAGAGCUCGAAUGAGGUUGUGUCUCUUCUAGACGGCGAUUAAACUUGAUGUUUGUAUGCCACAAUACAAAUCCCACGUCAAUUGCGGUGCGAGAUGACGACAACA